UUCUGGCUGGAGACUCACUCCAACCUGAGCUCGAGCUGUUCUGUCGUUCUGCUGCUUUUCCGCCAGGACACAGAGACAUGAAAUGAAAUAAACAUUACUAUACCGCUUCGGGUUCGGGUUCUUGGAGAAUCACCGGAACCCGCGGGACAGACAUGACGAUACGAUGAAAGAGCGCGAGCUGCAGAGAGAAUAAACCGGAGGGAAGGACACACACACACACACACACACACACACACACACACACACACACACACACACGGAGCGGAGAUGAUGAUGAGUCUGGACCGGUCCGGGUGUGAAGGGAAGAUCGCACCGGAGGGCGUUACCGGCUCUCUGCGGCAGCCGCCACCGCGCGCUCAGCUUUCCGCCGGUGUGCGCGCGCGUGAGAUCCGUUCUCUUCAACAGCAUCAGCAGCAGAACCAGCACCAUCAUCAUCAUCAUCUUCAUCAUCAUCACCAUCAUCACCAUCACGCUGGUGGUGCGCGCGAGCCCGACGAGCUGCUGAGGCGCGCGCUGGACUUUAAGACACAGGGCACGCAGUGUUACCGGGACAAGAAGUACCGCGAGGCCAUCGGUAAAUACCACCGCGCGCUGCUCGAGAUGAAAGGACUGGGCCGCGCGCUCGGAUUCGGGGACGCUGACGUCAGCGCGAGAUCCCCUAACAGGUCGGGGCUAACGGAGGAGCAGCGGGGCGCGGCAGAGAGCGCGGAGCUUGAGUGCUACAACAGCCUGGCGGCGUGUCUGUUACAGAUGGAGCUGGUGAAUUAUGAGCGGGUGAAGGAGUAUUGUCUGAAGGUUCUCAGGAAGGAGGGAGAGAACUUUAAAGCUCUGUACCGCUCGGGCGUGGCCUAUUAUCACCUGGGAGACUAUAACUCCGCCCUACACUACCUGCAGGAGUCCCACAAACAGGAACCCACAGAUACCAACGUGAUCCGCUACAUCCAGCUGACUGAGAUGAAGCUCCGCCGAAUCGCUCAGAGAGAGAAGAAAGAUCCUGUGUAGAUCACUCCUCUGUCUCACCACCGCUGUUUUCACACACACACACACGCACACACACACACACACACACACUGUGUGUGAUCUGUAUAAUAUUAACGUGAACAUCACUGAUCACAGCUUCAACUAUCUGCAUGUAACAGUAACGUCUGAGUCAAACUCACCGCUCUCCAGCCCUGUAGUGCAGACCAGUGAGAUGUGCUCCAUCCCAGUCAGACAGACAGACAGACAGUGAGAGAUAGAUAGACAGACAUAUGAUGUGAGACAGAAAAGAGAGAAGGGUCUCACUGUGCUAAAUCUCCUCCAUCAUGUGUCGCUCUGUUUUCUUCAGUGAGCAUUUAAUGUAAAACAAUCUGAAACUGGAGAUGAUGAUGAAGAAGAAGAUGAUGAUGAUAAAGAUGAUGAUAGUGAUGAUAAGGAAGAUCAUUUCCUAAAAACAUCACACUGUGCCAUAUUCAGUGUAAUAAAGUUGGUGUAUUU